UGGUGCAGCUCCGAAAACACACGCAUGCAUUCCAGGGGGUGCUGCUGGGGCUCGGCGGGGCCGUGUCUGGUCUGUAAGGAGCGUCGGCUCCUAGGGGGUUGCUGGGGAGCCCACGCUGCCGGCGACUCGGGCCACUGAAUGUGAGACCGAGUCCCUGUAUGUCACCAGUGCACACGCUGAUUUGAACCCUGCUUCGACGUGCGUGUCAUGGCUUAAAAAUAGCUGCUAAUCUGUCAACCUGUCUUGGGCAGAAACAGCGGCGGCGGCGGCGACAGCAGCGGGAGCGUCAUGGCCGUGGCGCUGUCUGCGCCGGCGAUCCGCCUUUCGGACUGAGGCCCAGCGCAGCGCUUGCAAAGAGAAUCUUCUCCCGAAGGACCAGCCCAGGGAAGGGAAGAAGCUGCUCUGGACUCACUCAAGUGUGUCUCACACCCCUUCCUCUUCCAGCAGCAGCUACCUGGCGACAGAACCCAUCAUCACCGCAGCCACUCCUGCAGCUGCCACGGUUUCUGCCACCUCUAAGAUGUGCCCUGGUAACUGGCUUUGGGCUUCCAUGACUUUUAUGGCUCGCUUCUCCCGGAGUAGCUCAAGGUCUCCUGUUCGAACUCGAGGGACCCUGGAGGAGAUGCCAACCGUUCAACAUCCUUUCCUCAAUGUCUUUGAGUUGGAGCGGCUCCUUUACACAGGCAAGACAGCCUGUAACCAUGCCGAUGAGGUCUGGCCAGGCCUCUAUCUCGGAGACCAGGAUAUGGCUAGCAACCGCCGGGAGCUUCGCCGCCUGGGCAUUACGCACGUCCUCAAUGCCUCACACAGCCGGUGGCGAGGCACGCCCGAGGCCUAUGAGGGGCUGGGCAUCCGCUACCUGGGUGUUGAGGCCCACGACUCGCCAGCCUUUGACAUGAGCAUCCACUUCCAGACGGCGGCUGACUUCAUCCACCGGGCACUGAGCCAGCCAGGAGGGAAGAUCCUGGUGCAUUGUGCCGUGGGCGUGAGCCGAUCUGCCACCCUGGUACUGGCCUACCUCAUGCUGUACCACCACCUCACCCUUGUGGAGGCCAUCAAGAAAGUCAAAGACCACCGAGGCAUCAUCCCCAACCGGGGCUUCCUGAGGCAGCUCCUGGCCCUGGACCGCAGGCUGCGGCAGGGUCUAGAAGCAUGAGGGGAGGGGGAGAGAGGUCAGGCCAGGCCUGUGGGUGGGUCCCUGGCUCCCAGCUGGAGAUAGGAGGCCCAGGUGGCAGGUAGCAGGAGGCCCAGAUCACCCAUCCUCCCCUGGGGUCAGGAGAGGCCGAGUCCCAGGCCACUGUCACUCUUUGUGGGAGGGGACGGGGAGUGAGGUUGGGCAGUGUGGUGGAUGGGCACCCAGGAAGGGUUGACCAGGGAAGGAGGCAGCUAGGCUGUAGAUGAAACAUGGUCCUGGGAUUCAAACACCGCUGGGAUCUGGCCAGGGUGCUCCCCGGGAUUCACAGUCCCUUCCCCUCUUUGUGCCCAAGUGUUCCCCUCUCUCCCUCACCAAAACAAAAGGGCCAUCUCUGCCCUGCACUUGUGCAGAAAGUCAGGGAUGCAGCAGGCAUGAAUGCAAUGGUGUAGAGUUGUGUGAAACCCCUAGCAUAGAGACAGACAGCGAAGAGAUGGUGUGAAAAGCUUGCAGAACCAGAGAGAGAACCCCACAGACUUUCCACUCCAAGCGCAGGAGGAGGUAGCUAGCGUGUGAGGGUUGGCACUAGGCCCACGGCUGCUGCUUGGGGCCAAAAAUGUACAGAGGUGCAUGGCUGGCAGUCUUGAGAUGGUCACUCGCUUACUGGAUCCAAGUGUCUCGAGGAAAAAUAAAGAUCAUGAAAAAGAA